ACUCCUAGCGGCAUCAUAUGCCUUUACGUUUACGUUUCUGUGGUGUUUUGCGGUACUGAUAUUUAUUUAGACAAUUUUGCAUAAAACUACUCCAAAAUGACAAUUGGUAAGAACAACAAAAUGAUUCAGCACCUUAACUAUAGGGUGCGAGUCGUAUUGCAAGAUUCACGCACAUUUAUAGGCACGUUUAAGGCCUUUGAUAAACAUAUGAAUUUGAUUCUGGGAGAUUGUGAAGAAUUCCGCAAAAUACGCUCCAAAAAUACCAAAGUUCCAGAGCGCGAAGAAAAGAGAAUACUAGGAUUUGUAUUGCUGCGCGGCGAAAAUAUUGUCUCAUUGACUGUUGAAGGACCUCCACCACCAGAAGAGGGUUUGCCGCGUGUGCCAAUUCCCGGCGCUCUUUCUGGGCCCGGCAUGGGUCGUGCUACUGGCCGAGGUGUUCCCGUGAAUAUGUCUUCAGUGCCUGCAGGUCUGCAGGGUCCGGUACGUGGCAUUGGCGGUCCUGGUCAACAACACAUGACACCGAUCGGACGCGGUGUACCUCGUGCGCCUAUCAUAGGUGGGCCACCACCAAGCAUUAUUCCCGGAGGUAUGCCAUCCAUGGCUGGUUCAAUGCCCCGAGGAGCACCACCACCAAUGAGAGGUCCCCCACCUGGUGUACUGAGGGGAGCUCCACCACCAGGCCGUGGGGGUUAUCAAAUGUGAACGAAAUUUUUUUUUAAGAGCCUAGGUUCUGGGCUAUGGAGUCUCUUUAUAAGUUGUAACACUGCAUAUAUGUAAUAAAUGAAUAAACCUUUGUAAACUGA